GGCGGAGACUGCGGGCUGGCGGGCGGUGCCGGGAGCGCGGGGGUGGCGGUCCUGGGGCGAGCAUGUAGCGGCCGCUGGUGGCGGGGCUCCCGGGGCGGGCCGCGGGGGCCGCACGCGGCGACAUGGAGGAGGAGGGCAAGAAGGGCAAGAAGCCUGGAAUUGUGUCGCCAUUUAAACGAGUAUUCCUAAAAGGUGAAAAGAGUAGAGAUAAGAAAGCCCAUGAGAAGGUGACAGAGAGGCGCCCUCUGCACACUGUGGUGCUGUCAUUGCCUGAGCGCGUCGAGCCAGACAGACUGCUGAGCGACUAUAUUGAGAAGGAGGUGAAGUAUUUAGGUCAGUUAACGUCUAUACCAGGAUACCUGAAUCCCUCCAGUAGGACUGAAAUCCUGCAUUUCAUAGACAAUGCAAAGCGAGCCCACCUUCUUCCUGGACACCUGACCCAGGAACAUGAUGCUGUGCUCAGCCUAUCUGCCUACAAUGUCAAGCUGGCCUGGAGGGACGGGGAGGACAUCAUCCUCAGGGUGCCCAUCCAUGACAUUGCUGCUGUCUCCUAUGUCCGAGAUGAUGCUGCACACCUGGUGGUCCUAAAGACAGCCCAGGAUCCAGGUAUCUCCCCCAGCCAGAGUCUGUGUGCGGAAAGUUCCAGAGGCCUCAGUGCAGGUUCCCUGUCGGAGAGUGCAGUGGGGCCAGUGGAAGCGUGCUGCCUGGUCAUCCUGGCUGCAGAGAGCAAGGUUGCCGCCGAAGAGCUAUGCUCCCUGCUUGGCCAGGUCUUCCAGAUUGUUUACACGGAGUCCACCAUCGACUUUCUGGACCGAGCAAUAUUUGAUGGGGCCUCUACACCCACCCACCACCUAUCCCUGCACAGCGAUGACUCUUCUACAAAAGUGGAUAUUAAGGAAACCUAUGAUGCAGAAGCCAGCACCUUCUGCUUCCCUGACUCUGUGGAUGCUAGUGGCCUGCCGCCCUUGUCCUUCUGCAUGCAGGCAUCACCCCAUGGCAAGACUGUCAGCGAGAGUGAGUUGAGCACCAGUGCCACAGAGCUGCUGCAGGACUACAUGCUGACGCUGCGUACCAAGCUGUCAUCACAGGAGAUCCAGCAGUUUGCUGCGCUGCUGCACGAGUACCGUAAUGGAGCCUCCAUCCAUGAGUUCUGUAUCAGCCUACGACAACUCUAUGGAGACAGUCGCAAGUUCCUGCUGCUUGGUCUGAGGCCCUUCAUUCCAGAGAAGGACAGCCAGCACUUUGAGAACUUUCUGGAGACCAUAGGUGUAAAGGACGGCCGUGGCAUCAUCACUGACAGCUUUGGCAGGCACCGGCGGGCCCUGAGCACCACAUCCACCUCUACUACCAAUGGGAACAGGGCCACAGGCAGCCCUGAUGACUGGUCAGCACCCUCAGAGGGGGACGAAUGGGACCGCAUGAUCUCAGACAUCAGUAGUGACAUCGAGGCGUUGGGCUGCAGCAUGGACCAGGAUUCAGUGUGAUGGGCAGUGGAGCGUCCAUCCCUUCCAUCCCAGGCCUCCCUGGGAGCUGACCUGAGCGUCAGCCCUUCCUGCUGGGGAGGGGCUGCAGGAACAGGUGGCCCUGAGCGGCCAGGUCCUCUACUGUGAAAGAGCAUGUAGCUGCCACAGGAUGUGCCCUGAUCCAGGGCAGAAGGCUCUGUGCCUCGUCCUCUGGGGCUCAGCCAUACCCUGCACCUCCUGCUCUGGGAGGGCCAAGCCAAGCUGGCAAGGAGAGCCAGUCCUGAUGGCCUGGCCCUGGACAGCUGUCAAUUUUGCACAUGAUGUUCCUGUUGUUAACUCUCAGAGACCUUAAAAAAUGUUUACUGCAAUGUGAAUAAUUUAAUCUCUGGUUACCAAACAUGUUUCUGAUCC